AUGACUCCUGGAAGUGUCCUAGUCAACACGCCCGUCAAGGCAAUCAAGCAGCACAAAGAUACCUCGAUCGUCACAGCGCAGACCGGGCAAGUCUUCAAAGCGAAGAAAGUCAUCAUCGCGAUCCCGACCAACACCUACCGCGACAUCACAUUCUCGCCACCCCUUCCCAAGAAGAAGGAGGCUAUCGUAUCCAACACUAAGCCGGGCAUCUACGGCAAAAUGAUCCUGUCCUACAAUGAGCCUUGGUGGAGAGACGCAGGCCUGGUUGGUAAGUUUACAUCCGUCUCCGGGCCGUUCUGCUUUAGCUGGGACACGUCGGACCCUGCGAAAUCCCAGUACAGUCUUGCCGUGUUUAUCGCCGGUGACAUUGCAACCCGAUGGCACGCGCUUUCCGAUGCGGAGAGGAAGAGCUCCAUCAUCAGCCACUUGGAGUCGCUUGUCGGCAAGGAUCUUGCAAGCAAAGCGCGCGAUGUUCUGGAGAUCAACUACGCCGAGUGGACCAAGGAGGAAUUCAUAUGGGGGGCGCCAACCAGCGCCAUGGGCCCUGGAUUGCUUAGGAAGUAUGGCGACGCCCUGAGAGAGUCAUAUGGAAAUCUUCAUUUCGGGGGCGGAGAGACCGCAUAUGAGUGGAAGGGGUAUCUGGAGGGAGCCGUCAGGGCAGGCGAACGAGUUGCGGCAGAAGUCAUUGAAGCGCUUGGUAAGGGGCAUAAGUAG